AUGGGGCGAAAGAAGCAGCGGCGUUGGGUGCCCUCGGUGCUGUGGCUCCUGGGACUGGCGCUGGCCGCGCUGGCCGCGCUCUGCGUCGGAGGCGGCUCAAAGCGAGAAGCGGGCGCAGCCGUCAGAGCCUUCGCCGAAGCAAACAGUGCCUUCGCCUCUCUCGGCUUUGGGGGCCGGCGCCCCCGGGGAGUGGGAGUCCGCUUCAACGACGGCGACAAGGACGGGAAGAGGAAUUUGGCCAAGCGGCUGGGGCUAAGACAGUCUCGCUUUUCAGGGGAACAAGGCGGCGAGGCAGAGAUGGCAGAGGCAGGCCCAGAUUCCCACUCCUGCGAGGAAGUUCGACCGUGGAAUUCUCCUGGACUUCUUCAGCUCGAGGCCGGCCGAGAUCGCCUGGCGCUGGUCGGAGAGACUCGGCUGAAGCUGUUCGCUGUUCAUUUUUUUGGGCAUACGAUCUUGGGUGAGCUCUGGCCGGCCUGGAAUUUGUGGCAUUCGGAGGAGUCGUUGCCAGCUGGCGAACGAACACGUGGCGCCGUUCUGCGGGCCGCCUUGUCGAAGCUGGGCCCCAUCUUCGUCAAGAUUGGCCAGACACUGUCGGAGAGACCUGACCUCAUCGGUGACGAAGCCUGCGAAGAGCUGAAGCUGCUGCAGCAGGAGAACGAGCCCUUCAGUACAGACAUGGCUUUCGCCAUGAUCUUGGAGGAUUUGGGGCACAAAGGGCCCCUGUCACCUGGUGGAUACACGAGCAAAGACGGGGAUCCCACAGCGGCACCGCUGCUGGCUGAGAUCUCCCCGGAGCCGGUGGCUGCAGCUUCACUUGGCCAAGUCUACUAUGCCAAGACACUGGAUGGUCGUGAGGUUGCCAUCAAAGUACAGCGGCCAGGAAGCUUGCGCCAGGUCGCCCUGGAUUGGACGUGUUGGGCUUUGGGUUUGAUGGUGAUGGACUUCUACUGGGGCGGUCAAGGCGACGAGUAUCCCAAGAUUGCGGACGAAGUUGCGCAAGGUGUCUUCAAAGAGUUGGACUAUCACAACGAAGCCCGAAAUGCCGCGAUCUUCCUGAAGAAACACAAAUUCCUGCCUUUCGUCACUGCUCCAGAAUGGGUGCCCGAGCUCACCGGGCCCGAGGGGACAGCCAGGGUCCUGACACUCUCUUGGAUCCACGGACGCAAGCUGCAAGAGAUCGAAUCAAAGGAGGAGAGAAUGCAGAUGGUGGACAUGGCAGUGGAGGCUUGUGUCUCGUCUUUGGUCUUCACCGGUUUCGUCCACGCAGAUCCGCAUGCCGGCAACAUGCUGCUGACGGAGGACGGUCGUCUGGCUUUCCUGGAUUUCGGCCUCAUGGGAACGGUGGAGCCCCGCAUCAUGGAGGGCUUCGCGGCGGGGAUCCAGCACCUCCUGGCGGAGCGCUGGCUGCCACUGGCGAAAGUCAUGCAAGACGUGGGCUUCAUGGCCGUGGGCAAGGAAGGCGGUUUCAAGAAGGUCGUCGAUCCUUCUGCCCGGGUCUUCGAGUACACGAGUUGCCCCGACGAGGAGUUUGCGGCGGCGCUCGAAGCGCAGAUGAAAGCGGAGGAAGGCGGCCUCAGCCGCUUCGGCGCUCUCGCAGGAGCCCUCACAAAGCUUUCAGACAGAUAUCACAUGACCAUGCCAGGCUACAUCAUCCUCUUUAUCCGCACAUUUUUGACUUUGGAAGGGAUCGCCGGGGUGGUGAAGCCAGACUUCAAUAUCUAUGAAGCAUCCCUGCCAUACGCACUACAGCGGGCGCUUUCACCGAAGACGGAGGCAGGUAGGUGGCUGUGA